AUGUAUCAAGGUUCUACUGGUUCAAAGGCUGUUGGGUCCUCUCCCGUGCGGAGUCGCGUUGCGCUGGAUCGCGAGAGACUUGAGUACAGCACCUUUCCCCCAAGAUAUAUCGCAAAAUUCGGCACGGACCAUGGUUUGCAACAAAUUGAGAGCUCAAACAGAGCUGUGAUCGGCCAUAUCCCUACCCUUUUCCCUGUUGGCCGGAAGGCUGUGCAGCACAAACGGCACAAGUCUGAAGAGCCCACUUCUCAGUCCUCAAAACUUGGACAGGGAAAUGCACGACGUACUCAAGGCUCGGGUGGAGCCCAAUAUCGUGUCAACGAUCCGAGAUGUGCCAAUCGACAUGAUGACAGGAGAGGACCACCACCAUCAGCUUACGGGUUCGUUCGAAGACAGCCGGUACCGGAUGAUGCUAGCUUUAGUGGAUUGUCUCCAGCCGACCGAGACGGGGAACUGUCUUUCUUUGAUUGGGAUAGUGAGACUGGAAACGACAUUUCAGCCUUGAACAAAGUGAAAAAAACAUUGAGACUUGGUAACAACAAAAGGCAACAGAAGUCCGUCAAGCCCGCUCCCAAUUUGAUAAAGGACGACAAUGCGACGCCCGAAAACCCAACAAGCUCCAAUAAGGUCGUGGUAUCUUCAACAAUAACUGCUCCUCGAGCGCAGCUCCCUCUAAAGACGACUUUUGAUGCUCAACCACCUGCUUCACUCGCCAAUUGUCCAGGUGUAGGGAACCCGAGGAAGUCUCACGAACAGCACACCUUUUAUCCAGCUUCCAACAUGAUCACUUCGCCAGCGACCCUCCGUCCACAUCCAGAUUGUAUGUCACCACCACGACACCGUCCAACAAUCCAAACUCGCACCACUACCUUUCCGAUUCCUAAACAAAGCACGACUUGUGCUCAUCAGGUCCGCCACUCCUGUGAUGAACCCUCCUCAAUUCACCGAACCUACGAUGCCAUCGCACAACUCUCUACCCUCCAGCAUAAUUCGUCCGAUGGAGGCUCUAUCAGGCCCAACAGUCGUCACGCGCCCUACCUCGAGACUAACGGACUUGAAGCAUUUCCCGCCAAUGAGGCAAGAAAGUACGACCAUUUGCCGCCCACCCGAACAUCGGCAACCACUACCACGAGCAACACAUCAGAGAGGACGAAGAGUAUCAAAACCUUCAUGCAUGACAUGAAGCACGACAUUAUCCGUCGCGCUUCCGGUCGUGAUCUGCGCAAGGAGGGUGAGCGUCAGCUCAGUAAGAAGUGA